AUGGACACACUCAGUGGUUUAUCGUCAUCUUUUUUAUUUGAUUCAAGUAUAGACCGUUCUUCCAAUAGCAACUCGACUUCGUCGAUGUCUCCAUCUGGAUCACCGCCAUUGGCCUCACUAUUAUCUGGCAUGGAGCCACUAAACAGACCAUCAUGGUUGUUUAACAAUCAGUCUGUAUAUUCCAAUCAGUCAACGCCGACGGAAGCCUUGUCGUCCAUUUUGGACUCUUUUUCUCCGGUAUCUUCACCUUCAAACAACUCACUGAAUCAAGUUUCUGGUUAUCCGUACAAACAAAUGACUAAUAGGGCUCCAAGCAGCCGGCGUCCUUAUGGCGGUGUUGUUUCACCAGCUUCCGAAAAUGGUAAUCCCUUAGGUGCUCCUGGAAUGCCUAUCAAUGGCAGCAAUAUGUCCGUGAAUGGCAAUGGGAGUGCCGCCAGCACACCUGCUCCUAAAAAUCCUAAACUCUAUAAGACAGAGUUAUGCCGUAGUUGGAUGGAGCACGGACGAUGCAACUAUGGAGAACGUUGUCAGUAUGCUCAUGGUGAAUGCGAGAAAAGACAAAUACCGCGACACCCAAAGUAUAAAACUGAAGCUUGUCAAUCUUUCCAUCAAACUGGUUACUGCCCAUACGGACCUAGAUGUCAUUUCAUUCACAAUGAGAUGGAACUUUUAAAUCAACCGUCUUCUGCACAAUCAAACUUGAACAUGUUUACAAGUUCUAGCCCUAAAAGCGUUAGUGGUGGCAGUGGUACGGGCGGUUCUUCUAUGACACCUAGUGUACAGAAUAUACAAAGUUCAUUCCUUCAUCGCAUGUCUUCUCUCCCUAACUAUGGUAGUGCUGGAGAAUCCUCAUCGGGAAGCUCCAAUGACAGUGGAUCAGAAUCACCAAAUGGCAGCUUUUCAUCAGGACUCGACAAUGACGAUUGCGGUUUGGGCACUUUCACAGGAGGUUUUAUGACCCCACAAAGCGGUUCUCGCCGUCAAGCUCAAAGAUAUCAAUCAGUCUAUGAGCCACAAACUGAGCCCAUUUCUGUGUUGUUAACGGAACUGAUGGCCUUCAAAGUUCAGGACGACAAAUGGAGUAAUGAAGAAAAUCCAAGUCGUUUGCCUGUUUUUGCACAACUUAGUGCGAAGUAG